CGCCUUGGCGCUAUCGACCAAACUCGAUUUGCGAAAAGUUUUGCCCCGAAAACUGCUUCGCAUCGUCAGAAAUUCCUGCACAGUGCAACAACACGGAUCGGUUUGAUUCUUGGUGGUAAUCCGAAAUGUCGACGGUGCGCCGUAACGUGGGACGUGGUGGCAAAAGUGUCCGUGGAAAAAGUGGUAAAAUUACCACUCCGAAGGGUUCCUCUGUCGCCGGCAGCGUUGCUGGACCACCGAAGGAGAAAAUUCCGCCGAAGCAGGACAGCGAAGAAUCGGAAUCGACGGAUGCCGUUUCGUCCUCGGACGAGGAGGAACGCUGGAAGGAGUCCAAGCAUACCAAUGACGUUCCGUCGGAGUACUGGCACAUCCAGAAGCUGGUCAAGUACAUGAAGGCGGGCAACCAGACGGCCACGAUUGUGGCACUGUGUUGCCUCAAGGACCACGACCUGACGACGCAGAUGAACCAACGGGCGAUCCAGGACUGCGGCGGACUGGAAGUGCUUGUCAAUCUACUCGAGAGCAACGAUCUCAAGUGUCGACUGGGAGCACUGACGGUCCUGUCGGAGAUCUCGUCCAACUUGGACAUCCGCCGAUCGAUAGUUGACCUAGGAGGUAUUCCGCUGUUAGUGCAGAUACUGUCGGAACCCGGACGGGACCUGAAGGUAAUGGCAGCCGAAACGCUGGGCAACGUGGCCAAGGUGCGGCUGGCGCGGAAGCUGGUCCGCAAAUGCGACGGAGUGCCACGGUUGGUCGACCUGCUGGAUGUUAAUAUCAGCAUACUCCGGUCCCAGCGCGAUCAGCUGAGCGAGGACGAGCGCGAGAUGUUGGACAUGGCCCGGGCUGGGGCGCGUGCUCUCUGGUCCCUGUCCGAGUCCCGACACAACAAGGAACUCAUGUGCAAGGGUGGCAUCGUCCCUCUGAUGGGCAGACUGCUGAAGAGCGUCCACAUCGACAUCGUGGUUCCGACUAUGGGUACCAUACAGCAGUGCGCCUCGCAGGCCAACUAUCAGCUAGCUAUCACCACCGAGGGAAUGAUUUUUGACAUCGUGUCGCACCUGACCUCGGACAACCUGGACUUGAAGCGGCAGUGCAGCUCUGCGAUCUUCAAGUGCGCGAGCGAUAAGACAGCGAGCGAUAUGGUACGUGAGUCGGGAGGCUUAGAACCGUUGGUCGGUAUUGCCCGGGACAAAUCCGUGCGGGACAACAAGCCUUUGUUGGCGGCAGCUACGGGUGCACUGUGGAAGUGUGCGGCUAGUGAAGCGAAUGUGAAAAAGCUUGAUCAACUGAAGACAGUUCAGGUUCUGGUACAACUACUCAACGACGAGAGCGAAGAUGUACUUACUAAUGCCGUUGGGGCUAUCUCGGAGUGCGUCAAGUAUCAAAACAACCGCGAAACGCUACGCAUGUGCGGUGGCAUACCACUAUUGGUCAAUUUGCUCAAUAUGACUCACGCACCGCUCCUGGAGAAUAUCGCCAAAACGCUGAAGGAGUGCGCCACAGACCCGGAGAGUAUGACCAUCAUGGAAGAUCUGGAUGCGAUCCGUUUGAUUUGGUCUCUACUGAAGAACUCCAAUCCGAAAGUGCAAGCCUACGCUGCAUGGGCACUUUGUCCGUGCAUCGAAAAUGCAAAGGAUUCCGGAGAGCUGGUGCGUAGCUUCGUUGGUGCUUUGGAACUGGUCGUCGGACUGCUCAGCUCUCGGGAUAACUUUGUCUUGUCGGCGGUUUGUGCCGCCAUUGCCACCAUAGCCAAGGAUAGGGAAAACCUGUCGGUCCUGUCGGAUCACAAGGUCAUUCCCAUGUUGGCCCAUCUCGUGUACACGACGGACGAUCUGCUGAGGGAAAAUUUGGCCGCAGCUAUAGCAAGCUGUGCACCGUAUGCUUCGAACACCCAGGAGUUGGGUCGCCUUCGAACCGUGACGCCCAUAGUCGGCUACAUGGUCAGCAACAAUCCGCGAGUUCAUCGGACGACGGCAAUGGCACUGCAGAAGCUCUCGGAAGACCCUCAGAAUUGUAUCACGAUGCAUCAGAGCGGCGUGGUUCCAUUUCUGUUGGAAACUGUCGGCUCUAAAGAUCGUGAACUACAGGAGGCUUCCGCUGGUUGUCUGCAAAAUAUUAGGAAAUUGGCUCUCCGGGCAGAGGAGCUAGAAUUCCGUGGCGAGUACUAGCGAAAUAGUUUACGGUCUAGGAUGAUUUCAAUUCUCAUUUAGGUUUGAUAAGAUACGGAAUCUAGUCGAUGUUUUAUG